ACACUCCGCCCGAAUAUUUGAGAUCAGGAACCCCACUCCGCCAUUCCGAUUUCUAACACUUCCUACGCUUGCAACAUGCAGUAUAGAGGCUAGAAACCAAGCCCGCCUCAGCCAUGUUGUUCAGGAAGAAGCCAAGAACUCCAACCACGACCUCGCUCCCCGAGAAUCUUGAUCUCUUCGACGGCUUGCCGGACGAUCUCGUCGUCUUCAUCCUCUGCAAGCUCAGCUCCUCUGCUUCUUCCCCCUCUGAUCUCAUCAACAUUCUCUUCACAUGCAAAAGACUGAACCGCUUAGGUCUACAUCCUCUGGUUUUAUCCAAAGCGGGGCCAAAGGCUUUUGCAAUCAAAGCCAAAAACUGGUCCGAAUCCGUUCAUCGUUUUCUCAAACUGUGUGCUAACGCCGGCAACGUCGAAGCCUCCUAUACUCUAGGAAUGAUCCGAUUUUAUUGUUUCCAAAAACGAGGAAGCGGCGCUUCGCUUAUGGCUAAGGCGGCGAUGAAGUCCCACGCGCCGGCUCUGUACUCGCUCGCAGUGAUACAGUUCAACGGUAGUGGAGGAUCCAAGAGCGAUAAGAACCUUCAAGCUGGCGUGGCUCUUUGUGCCCGAGCCGCCUUCCUCGGUCACGUGGAUGCGCUUCGCGAGCUUGGACAUUGCCUCCAGGACGGCUACGGAGCCCGCCAAAACGUCGCCCAGGGACGCCGGCUCCUCGUCCAAGCCAACGCGCGCGAGCUCGCGUCCGUCGUACGCUCCCGCUCGUUGCUGACGUGGCAACGGCCCCACCAAAACGACAGCUUCCCGUGCUCAACCGGUUCGUGUUGCGAAGGGCUGUUGAGCGACUUCGGGUGCAACGUGCCGGCGCCGGAGGCACACCCCGUGAACCGGUUUUUAAAGGAGUGGUUCGAGUCGAGCCGGGGAGGGCUGGGUCAGGGACUGAGACUGUGCUCACACGGAGGGUGUGGUCGGGUUGAGACGCGGUCGCACGAGUUUCGGCGGUGCUCAGUCUGUGGCAAGGUGAACUACUGCUCGCGUGGGUGUCAAGCGCUUGAUUGGAAGCAGCGGCACAAGCUGGAAUGCAUGCCGAUGGAGCGGUGGUUGGACGAGGUAGGUGCAGUGGACAAUGUCGCCGAUGGUGUUGGAGGAAUGGUUGAGGUUGAAGAUGAUAUUGAAUGAUACAGAAUUAAAUGCUAAAUGUUAAUUAAAAUCCCGUAUUAUUAAUGGGUGAGAUCCAACUUUUUCCCUUUCCUUGA